CGACUAAAGACAUUCUCCGGUGAACAACUCGAUGCAAUCCACUCAUAUCAGCGGCGGAAGUAGCGGCGGUGGUGGUGGUGGCGGAGGAGGAGAGGUGAGUCGAAGUGGUUUAUCUCGGAUCCGUUCAGCUCCAGCUACUUGGAUUGAAACCCUACUCGAAGAAGAUGAAGAAGAAGGUUUAAAACCUAACCUUUGUUUAACAGAGCUUCUUACUGGUAAUAACUCUGGAGGACUGAUAACGAGUCACGAGUUCCCGAGUUCUGUUGAGCAGGGAUUGUAUAAUUAUCAUCAUCAUCAAGGUGGUGGCUUUCACCGUCAGAAUAGUUCUCCGGCGGAUUUUCUUAGUGGGUCUGGUGUUGGAACUGAUGGGUUUUUCUCAAGUUUUGGUAUUCCGGCGAAUUAUGACUAUUUGUCGACUAACGUUGACAUUUCUCCGACUAAACGGUCUAGAGAUAUGGAAGCACAGUUUUCUUCUCAGCUGAAAGAAGAGCAAAUGAGUGGUGGGGUGUCAGGAAUGAUGGAUAUGAACAUGGACAAGAUUCUUGAGGAUUCAGUUCCUUGUAGGGUUCGUGCUAAACGUGGUUGUGCAACUCAUCCUCGUAGCAUUGCUGAACGGGUGAGAAGAACACGAAUAAGUGAUCGGAUUAGGAGGCUGCAAGAACUUGUUCCUAACAUGGAUAAGCAAACCAACACUGCAGACAUGUUGGAAGAAGCUGUGGAGUACGUGAAGGCUCUUCAAAGCCAGAUUCAGGAAUUGACAGAGCAGCAAAAGAGAUGCAAAUGCAAACCUAAAGAAGAACAAUAAUGUUUCCUUUAGGAUUGAUAUAUCUGUAAUUUUUUUUAAUAUCUAAAAAUGGUGAUGAUCUGUUCGAAAACUCGAAACAUGAUCCUAUAUAUUGAACUAGAAAAAAAAUAGAUAUAUGAAUUUUAGCUGUAAAAUUUUUGUACAAUAAGGAGAAAAGUUUUAGAAGAGUCAAUAAAAAGAUGUAUGUUCU